CGAAACCCGAAGAUCGUAAACGCUAGGGAACAUUAUUAUUCACAGAAUUAGACGCCAUGUUCUUCCAGAUGUGGAGACGACCUACUCCAGAGUCAUCGCAUACAGUGGAAGAGCUUUUGUGGGAAGAAAUCAAGCGCGAUCUGGAAAACGUUCUGCUCUGGCAGCAAACGUAUUUGGCCUUCGAUGAACUCUACAUGAAAACUUAUGGACUGAUUCAAGCGAACGGAACGGAGCGAACAGAAAACGAAGUUUUGCAAGUUGUCAGCAGUCACAUGAGGAAUCACAUCCUCCCGCAGCUGGCACAGCUCCAAAACACGACUUUACUGGAAUCACUCGUGAGACACUUCAACACUUUUGAGCUCUCCAUGCAAAAGUUCGCUCAAAUCAUGAUCUACUUGGAUCACACGGACACCGAAGAUACGCCACGUAACGGGAAAAUUUAUACCAAAGGAAUCGAAGCAUUUCACACCCAGAUCCUCUGCGACCCCGAAGUACAAUCGAGUUGGAACUCGGCCAUGAAUCACGUUAUUUUUCUGGAUCGUAAGGGAGAAACACACGAUCCAGCUCUAGUUGCCCAAUUUUUCCGAAUGCUUCAUAAGUUUCCCUCGUCCAUCGUACAGUAUCAGCGAAGUUUCAUGGAGGAUACAGCGCAAUACUACGCCAAUAAAGCAAAUCAAACAAUUCCAAGCAAAGUCUGCGGAAUGGAUGGAACGUCUUACAUUCUAUGCAUGGAAGCGUAUCUAAGGAAUGUAGAAACAUUCAUGGAAAUGGAAACACAACGACUGAACCUCUUCCAGACGGAUUCUUUCGUUGAAAGCGUUACUGAAUGCAUUCGAACUGAGAUGAUUUGGAAGCACAUUGACACACUCGUCGAGAUCAAUGACUUUGGCGUGGCUGACAUGAUCAAGAAAAACGACUCAACCACGUUGAGAGUAACAUACCGGAUGCUGCUUCCUCUGAAAAAUGGAUUGGAUAUAAUGAAGAAAUCUAUUUCGAAAUUCAUCCAAAGCUUCUUCAACGACAUUCUAGGGAAACCAGAUCACCAAAACGCAAACGCAAUACAGGAACUUGUGGACUUCAAAAUUCAUUUGGACGAAUCCCUGAUCCAUUCGCUUGAUCAUCACCCAGAAAUCGUAAACGAAGUCAACAAGAAUUUUGCUGAAGUCAUGAACAGAGGAACAGAGACACAGAAAUUGCUGGCGCAAUUUAUUCACAAUAUGCUUAGGAAGGAUGUCGUAAAAUUCGGGAAAGAUUCUCUCACGAGCCGCCUUCGCGCAUCUGCCGAAUUACUUCGACUUAUUUCCGACAAGAGCUAUUUUUUGAGCCAUUACCGCCUCAGUCUUGCCAGUCGCAUUCUGCAUGACAAUAGCGAAUCACUGGAGCACGAAAAAAUCUUGCUUCGCGAAAUCGAAUUGGAUAAUGGAAAGCAGUUCACAGUGUACUUCCAAAUCAUGUGCCAAGAUAUGCAUGAUUCCAAGAAGAUGCAGGGAUGGGAAACUGACUUCAACUUCAGCUCCCCCAAAGAACAAAUCAAAUUAAUCCCCAAAAUCCUCACAACCGGGAUUUGGCCAGUUCCUAUGACGACCACGAAAACCUGCCGCUUGCCUGAAAUCGUUCAAUAUACCUGGGACAAUUUUGCUUACUACCGGAUGAACCACGCGAAAGGCACAUACGAUCACCGUUCCAGAAACGCAAACCUUCUCCUUGAACACGGGAAUUUCGAAGUUCAAGCAUCUUUUUUGAUGACACUCGAGAACCCGAAUCAACAACGACACCACGCUACUCAUCUCGGAAAGCUCAAGCGAUUUCACGAAGAGAAAUUCAUCAGGACUGAAUGCGGUACAAUACGUAAUCAUUUGUUUCAGGACAUCAUGUUAGGAACUGAAAUGCAAGAACAUAACAUAUCGCACACGCUCGAAGUUCUCAUGAAUCCGAUGCAUCCAAUUUUGCUCAAGCAGCCGCCAUCAAAGAUCAUCGGUCCCACGGAUACGUUCAUCAUCAACAACAAUUUUUACUCUGAGGCGUUUAAAAUACCAAUACACAAAGUAUUGCUGUUAUCGCCUCAGAAAAUUACGGUCAAAAAGGCAACGCAUUACCAAAUAGAUCGCGCGCAAUCUCUGGACGCAGCAGUUGUGCGCAUUGCGAAGAGCAGCCAAAAAAUAUUCCAUGAAACUUUGGUCGGCGAAGUGAAAAAGCAACUCUUGCCAUGGUUCGUUCCCACAAACGGAGAAAUCAAAAGGAGCCUCGAGAGCCUCAUUGAGCGCGAGUUCAUCAAUCGUGUCCCAGAAAACAAGUCGGUACAACGAUUCGAUUUGGGAAAUAUGCCUCCGAAACAUUUCGAAACUGAUAUCAUCGCGAUUGUCUUGAUUCCUCGCAAACCAUCCAAGCCACGCUGA